GCAUGAAAUUUUCAAUCCGAUUUGCCCCUUCGAAUUUCUUUUCUUUUUUUCUUGCUCUCUUUCACACUUGAUUUCGCCAUUGGCAUAGUUUUUGAUUUCACAUAUUUUUACUCCUAAUCGAACGUUCACAUUCAGUCGAACAAAAGUGUGCUUAAUCUAUAAAUUUCAGCAUCGAAUUUCAGGAAGGACGCGGAUAAUCAUUCACAUUUACACACCAAAAGAAACCAUAAAUUAUAAUGGCAGGAACAACCAAGCAGUCAAAGCCCAUGACGGCGCUACUCAAUGAGCAGAGUGAGCUUUCAGCGUUCGACGCUAGCGCAAUUCCCAAGCAGCUGCGCUCGGUUCUGGAUGUUGAGAAGGUGUCGACCCUGACAUUGGUCAAGGUCGACCCUCUGGCCAUCCUGAAGAUUGUCAAGCACGCGCGCGAGAGCUACCCGACUUCGGUCAACGGCCAGCUCCUAGGUCUGGAGGUUGAUGGCGUCCUGGAGGUCACUAACGCAUUCGCUGUGCCCACGCAGCCAGGCUCCGAGGAGGACAUGACCAACUACCAGAUUGAGAUGAUUCAGUGCCUGCGCGAAGUCAACGUCGACAGCAGCUCUGUCGGCUGGUACCAGUCGACCCGCUUGGGCGAUUUCAUGCAGCAGCCGCUUUUGGACGUGCAGGCUAGCUACCAGAUCUCGCCCAACAACUCGUCGGUUGUGCUUAUUCAUGAUACUUCCAAGUCUGAGCAAGCCGGAAACCUGUCACUGCGCGCCUUCCGCCUGUCUCAGGUCUACCAGGAUCUGGCCAAGAACGGCAAGUUCACCACCAAGGAGCUGGCCGACAAGGGCCUCACCUACGGCAAUAUCCUGGAGGAGCUGCCCAUUCAAGUCGAGACCUCGGCGCUGUCCAAAGUUUUGCUGAGCGAGCUUCAAUGGCCCACCAAUGCUGAGCAGGAGCUACUCGAGAGCCUCCAGCGCCCGUCUUCGUUUAACUCCAAGCUUCGUGCCAAGCGGAUGGCCGACCGUUCGGCAAUUAGCGACGACACAGAGUCGUCCGACGCGCUUGACAACAACCUUUCAGGUCUUCUGCCCACGCGCCCGACCGCCUACCUGUCGCGCCCCAUGUGCACAAACGCCCUCGACCUCAGCCAGAGCCUGAACGGCUCAGGCUCGCUCUCGCGCCAGCUUGAAGCUAUCAGCGAGCUCAUUGAUGACCAUAUUCACGAUGCUAACCAGUGGAUGUACUGGAAGCGCGGCGAGGCCAAGGAGAACAACCGUAGGCAGCAGUUUGUGCAGCGCAAGGCCACCUCCAACGCUGCCCGCGUGGCCCGCGGGGAGCAGCCCGAACCCGAGCUUUCCGAGAAGGAGCUCGACCGGAUGUUCAAGACCCUGCCGGAGCCCUCUCGCCUUGAUGCCCUGCUCAACACUGCCAACCUUAACCUUCUGACUAAGGGUGUCACCCAGUCUCGCGGACCGGCCCUUACCAAGAUGUUCAUGGCCCAGGCCCUGCAAGGCAGCGAGUAAGAUCCAGGUAGAUAUCAUUUCUUUAUUUUCUUUAUUUCCAGCUUUGGCAUAUAAAAGUGAUUUUUAUAAACA